AUGCAACGUGUCGUCUUUCCGGAAGUGUGCAUCAUAGUUUAGACUGGUAUUUAUGCAUUUCUCAAUUUAUUGUCCUUAAUACGAGCAGUAUGAAUUUAAAGAGAGCUGGAUAGUCAGACUGUAUUUUGCACGUAACAGGGUCACGGGGAAACCUGGAGCCUGGACAGGGUGCCAAUCCAUCCCAGGGCACAAUCGCACACACAUUCACACACCCAUUCAUACACUACGGACACUUUGGACAUGCCAAUCAGCCUACCAUGCAUGUCUUUGGACUGGGGGAGGAAACCAGAGUAUCCUGAGGAAACCCCCGCAGCACGGGGAGAACAUGCAAACUCCGCACACACAGGGCCAUGAUUUGGUUAGAGAUGACAGCUGAGAAGGAUGGGCUAUUUGAGGAUCCAAACUUUAAAGCUGAUGACUCCGCCCUCUUCUCGGACUACACCACACCCCUUUCCAGGCUCACUGGCAAAGUUACUUGGCUCCGCCCCAAGCAAAUCUGUAAGAGUCCAUGCCUCUUCCCUGAUGACUUUACUGAGGCUUACCCAAAGCAAGGCAUUCUGGGAGACUGCUGGUUGCUGUGUGCUUGUAACAUGCUGCUGAAGAGCCGCUAUCUGCUGGAUCAGGUGAUGCCUCCUGGACAGUGUGUGUGGGGUAAGAGAGGUUAUACUGGUCAGUUUUGGUUCCAAUUUUGGAGGAAUGGCCACUGGACAAAAGUUCAGAUAGAUGAUCGACUGCCCUGCAUCAACAACACACUCUGUUUCUCUCGCUGUCACAGCCCCAUGGCUUUCUGGGUAGCAUUGUUGGAGAAAGCAUAUGCAAAGCUGCAUGGUUCAUAUGAGCGUUUAUGGGCAGGACAGGUGUGUGAGGCAGUGGUGGACCUGAGUGGGGGUGUGGCUGAACGCUGGAGUUUAAAAAAGUCUGUGAACACACCUGGAGGGAAGAGCUUGUUCCCAGAGCUCUCAGAGGAGAUGAGGAAGCAGAGUUACAUCAGUUGCUGUGUACACGAAGCCCCUAUGGGUGCCUCGGAGCAGGGUCAGUUUCACGCUCUGAAUGUAAUGGAAUGGAAAGAUGUGAAAACAAGUGCUGGAGCACAAGUGCAGCUGCUACAGAUACGAAACCCAUGGGGCAGGAGGUGCUGGGAAGGAGCCUGGACUGAGAGAGGAUCAGGGUGGACUUUGCUGGACCCCUCGUGCUCUGCAGAUCUGUUGGGCCACACAAAGGAGGGAGAAUUCUGGGUAGAUGAGAUGGAAUUCCGGCAGAAAUUUGAUGAAGUCACUGUAGGAUAUCCAAUCAGUGAGGAUCAUUGUCUUCAGAGCAUUUACACGGGGUCUCUCUUGACUCACACCCAGCAGAUAGGCGGCUCCUGGGUCAAAGGCCACUCAGCAGGGGGGUGCCGUAACAAUAGUAGCUACAGCAGCAAUCCUAAAUUCUGGUUAAAGGUUCGAGAAGGAGGAGAGGUGCUCAUGUCACUCCUGCAGCAUGGACCAUGGAGCUCACUGUACAAUUCCCAGAAACGAAAAUCAGUUGGCAAUACUCCUCAGCACCCGUACUAUCAGGCCAUUGCGCUGCAUGUAUGGAAGGUGGACAAAAAGCGCUUUAACUUGACAAGGAUACUGAACUCGACGCCCUGUGCAUCCUCGCACACACACACGUAUGAGCGUGAGGUGGUAGUACAUGCACACUUAAGUGCUGGGUUCUACCUGCUCGUGCCCAGCACCUUCCUACAGGGAGCACAGGGGCACUUCCUUCUUCGUGUGCAUGCUACCUGCCCCACUUACCUCAGUACAGUAAAGGUGAGUGUGCAGCAGGAGUGUGUAGAGGGAGAAUGGGAGUUGGCAAGUGUUCGCGGCUGCUGGACAGUCGGCUCUACAGCUGGAGGAAGUCGGAACUUCCCGUCACAUGGACAGAACCCACAUGUUCCCCUCAUAGUGACUUAUGACCCUGGGGGGACAAACGUUAGAAUCACUCUACGGCAGCAUAUGCCAGAGAAUUCUCUUCAUGCCAUUGGCUUUCACAUUUAUAAGGUUCCCAGUGAAGUGGACUGCAUGGUGAUCUCGGGUACAGUGUGCCCUGUGACGAGUUGUGUUCCUCAUGCUCACUCUCAGGAAAUCAGUGUCCAGUGUAGGCUGCCCCCUGCUGGCUAUGUCAUUCUGCCCUCCACAUACCAGCCAGACUGCAGUGCAGAAUACACACUCACCAUCGCACAGAAAAUACCAAGGAAAGCAAUAAGCUGUCAGGAGCGUUUGGGCCAGGCAGUUCAAGAGACUUCUCAUGUCUGUGUGAUGGGGCUGUAGUGUUUCGGAGGAGGGUGCUUUUUCUGUCUCCAGCUUUCUGCUGACAUGGGUCAAUUGAUACUGGGCAUAGUUGAAAGCCAAAGCAUUUACAUCGCGUUUAGUACAUAUUGUCUACUGGUUGACCCUAAUGAAAGCCAAUGGCACUCUGCCCUGCCAUCUAAUAGGAGCUAUUGAAGCUGCCGCCACAUGCCAUGGUCUCUCUCAUAGUUUUUAGAAGCACUGUGCUGCCAUACAAUGAUCAGCUGAAAGCAAAAUGUCCCACCAUCAAGAACAAAGAGAUCACUCAGGGAGAGAGUUACCGGCUGACCCACACAGAGCUGGUGUGCCUGCCAACAGCUAAACCAGGUUUGAGAGAGUUGUGAACAAGUCAGCUCUCAUUCCUUCUGAUGUGGCCAAUGGCUGUUUUAGGACAGCACAUUCUUAUAGCCUAAACAGGUCACAUACUAUGUUGUAAAUGUUUGAACAAUUUUUACUAUGGUACAAACCCAACAGUUAAACAUUCUGUUGGGUAAAAUAAGUGUCUACUGUCACCUUCCCUUUGAUCUGCAUGUAUAUUGUUUGUGUAUAAAAUUUAACAAAUAAACUGGUGCAUGGAAAACAAUUGUAUUUUGCUACUCUGUGACUAACUUGUUUUUCCUUUUUCUUUUAACAUACCUGGUUCUUGCAGAAACUUAGGGUGGAGAACUCCAAUGCCUGCAUGGAUACAAUGCACAAUUAAAUCUAGACCAGAUGGGCUGAACUGCAGUCCAGGAAGGCCUGA